AUGGCCAGCCUCUCUGGCCCCCCACCCUGGCCACUGGCCUUCCGCCUCGCCCACCAGAUCGCUAUGGGCAUGGAGUUCCUCCACAGCCACUCCCCGACAGUGCUGCACCUCGACCUGAAGCCCAGCAAUGUGCUGCUGGAUGACAGACUUAAUGCCAAGGCAAGUCCCAGGCUCCUGGCUCUGACUAGGCCUCUACUGGUGGGAGAGGGGGAGUUAUUAGCACUAUAAGCAGCACCAGCAGCAGUUCGGCAGGUCCUCCAACGCGUUCUCCAUCACCAGCUCUACGUGCGUGUUCCAUACAGAGACAGUCUCCUUCCUGGGGUUCAUCGUCACCCAGGGAGACCUACGGAUGGACCCAGCCAUGGCCAGCGCGGUACUGGAUUGGCCCCAGCCCUCAAGCAACUACAACGUUUUUUACGGUUCGCUAAUUUUUAUAGGUGAUUUAUUCGCAAUUUUAGCUCCCUAGCCGCUCCCCUGACAGCCCUCACCCAGACGAGCGUGCGCUCCUUCGCCUGGACCCCGUAAGCCGGAAACGCAUUUAUUCAUUAAACAGCGCUUUACAUCGGCCCCGGUCCCAGGGCAUCCUGAUCCGUCCCUGCCGUUCAUUGUGGAGAUGAAUGCUUCAGACGUUGCGGUGGGAGCAAUCCUGUCCCAGCGGUUCGAGGUGAACGGCAGGUCCUCUGUAGCUCAGCUGGUAGAGCACGGCGCUUGUAACACCAAUGGUAGUGGGUUCAAUCCCCGGGACCACCCAUACACAAAAAUUUAUGCACGCAUAACUGUAAGUCGCUUUGGAUAAAAGCGUCUGCUAAAUGGCAUAUUAUUAUUUAUUAUUAAAGGCUGGGGCCGUUCGUCGGGUGGGAGAACUGUUACAGGAGGGGGUCGCAGUUCCGGAGCGACACACUAGGUGUCAUCCUCUGACAACCUUAGGCACCUCCUCACUCACAGUCUGGACUAAUCAUGUUCCUAUUGGUGUCACCUGUGUCUACCUGUUCACCUGUAUAUUUAUGCCCUCACUUCCCUGUGUUCCCUUGCUCAGUUUUCUCUGCUAGUUUAUCUAUGUCCAGCAGUACUACUCAGUGUCUGAUCAGAGACCUAUGCACAGGUACUUGAGAAGUGUUGUCCCUGUUUCGUUAUUUGUUUCUGUCGUAGGGAGUAUUUCGUAUUUUGGGUGUCAUCCUGUUUUUGGAGACUUACUUGCUCCACCUUUCUUUUAUCGUGAUAAGUCCGUUGUUUUGUAUCCUGGCUUCGGGACCACCAGUAAAGAUCCUUGUUUCACCAUAUCUGCCUACUGCCUACUGUAUAUCCUGCACCACACCUGGGUCACACCUCACACCAACCCUUACAAGUGAUGUGCUGUGUUGGAUUUGCCCCAAACAUAACACUUUAUAUUCAGGAGAAAAAGUUAAUGUCUUUGCCACAUUUUUUGCAGUUUCUUCUUUGUGUGGAAUUGCAAAACCUCCCAGGUCUUUUUGGUUGAAUCUGUGUUUGAAUUUCACUGCUUGUGUGAAGUACAGAGAUGAGGUAGUCAUUCAAAAAUCAUGUUAAACACUAUUAUUGCACACAGUGAGUCCAUGCAACUUAUUAUGGGACUUGAUAAUCACGUUUAGUCCUGAACUUAUUUAGGCUUAACAUAACAAAGGGGGUUGAGUACUUAUUGACUCAAGACAUUUCAGCUUUUCAUUUUUAAUUAAUUUGUAAACAUUUCUAAAAACGUAAUUCUACCUUGACAUUAUUGGGUAUUGUGUGUAGGCCGGUGAUACAAAAUGUAAAUUUAAUCUAUUUGUAAUUCAGGCUGAAACACAACAACAUUUCGAAAAAGUCAAUUGUUGUGAAUACUUUCUGAAGGCACUGUAGGUUCUAACUUUACAUCUCUGGCUAAGAUGGACUUGAUAAAUGAAAGCUUGGACUGUGGUCGCUAUAAACAGCUCAUAAGUUCUAUAAGCCUCCUAAUAAUCACAAAGUUAUCUUAGAACACACUCACUGACUCACACUACAUUGAUCCCCAUGGUGGUGGCAGCAUCAUGCUGUGGGGAUGUUUUUCAAAAGCAGGGACUGGGAGACUAGUCAGGAUCGAAAAAACUAUUACAUUAGAAGACCUAGGCAACUAUCAGCCUGACUUCCAGUCUGUUUGUGCUAUCAUUCCAAAUACUUGUCACUCAUUGUCAUGGCUUGAUAGUGAUCAAUGGAGUUGGAAAGAGCACAGACAGAUCUGGGACCAUGAUGUUUCAGGCUUUCAGUCAAAACAGACAGUCAGGAAUAUAUCAUAAGGGACAAGGUUGUGAAGUGUCUGUCCUAUAUCUAGGAGAUAUAAGAAGCUCAGGAAAAAUAUAUACAAAAUGUGACACAUUUUUAACCCCUUUUUUUGUUGGCACAAAACUACUUCCAUUCAUUUUUUAAACAGGUUACCUUCAGACGAGUCCCGUGACACUUGUGGGGGUCGUAGAGCAAAACAGAGAAACCCAUUGUAUAACACCAUAACAAAACCAUAAUAACAGUGCAAUUACAGUUGCGGUCAUUAAUAUUGGCAGCCUUUCAUGAUUCAAUAUUUUUUCUAAUUAAAGUUGAAAUUGAAAACUUUUGGUGCACAGGACCAAGAAAAAUGAAAAAGUAUUAUUUUUUUAUUCAGAAUUCAAAUUAAUUUGGUUAGAGGCAAUUUAUUUUAGUUUACAGCGCAAAUUAUCUCCCCUGUGGUAAGUUGCAGGUAGCAUGGCUGAUGCGAACCACAUGGUAUACUGUCCAACGAGGAAGAGCUGUAACUCACUGGUCUGGACAAGAAGCCGUUAAUGCAAUAUUCUCCCAGAAAUGUAGAGAACGCAUUGAUUGGUUCUCUGAAAAGUUAUUUUUUCUUCUCUGGGGUUGAAACCUCUCAUUGUUUGGAUUUGAAAAUCCAACAGUUGGAAUGGAAGGUGGCGGCGCUCGGGAGCUGUGAAUGAGAAAGGGUGCGUUCCACAGCUAAGGCAAGGCAAUGCAACAACCAAUGGUUGCGUGCCACGUCAUCGACAGUGUCAUCGACUGGAAUAUUGCUAUAAGAUAUGUGGUUAGCUGAUACUUAAAAUACCUAUCCAGGCGUUGUAAGAUCUGUCAGGCGUCAGCGAUGUCUAAGUGUAGGAAUGCGACAAGGUCGCAUUUACAAGUCACCAUGCUAGCGAGCCUGACCUGAAAUAACCCCUGCACAUCUCAUGACUGUUCUUCAUCAUGGCAGUUAUCUAAGGUUUCUCUUUCCCUGUUUGGAAAAAUGCAAAACGAGUUUCAUAACCGUUCCAUUGGAUAACAAUAGACAUGUGGUAAAAGAUAAGAUAGGUAUCUAAAGAGGAAAGACAUCGGUACAUGAUGUCACGAAUGGCAUCAUAUUCCCUUAAUAGAGCUCUACUUUCGACCAGGACAUAGUGCACUAUAAAGUGAAUAGGGGGCUCUUUGGGGGGAAAAAACCACAUGUGGAAAUUGAGCAAGUUGAGGUGACUAAACUGCUUGGAGUAACCCUGGAUUGCAAACUGUCAUGGUCAAAAUAUAUUGAUACAACAGUAGCUAAGAUGGGGAGAAGUCUGUCCAUAAUAAAGCACUAUCAACAAGGGCCAGUCCUACAGGCCCUAGUUUUGUGGCACCUGGACUACUGUUCAGUCGUGUGGUCAGGUGCCACAAAGAGGGACUUAGGAAAAUUGCAAUUGGCUCAGAAUAGGGCAGCACGGCUGGCCCUUGGAUGUACACAGAGAGCUAACAUUAAUAAUAUACAUGUCAAUCUCUCCUGGCUCAAAGUGGAGGAGGACUUCAUCACUACUUGUAUUUGUGAGAGGUGUUGACAUGUUGAAAGCACCGAGCUGUUUGUUGAAAUGACUGGCACACAACUCAGACACCCAUGCAUACCCCACAAGACAUGCCACCAGAGGUCUCUUCACAGUCCCCAAGUUCCAGAACAGACUAUGGGAGGCGCACAGUACUACAUAGAGCCAUGACUACAUAUAACUCAAUUCCACAUCAGGUAACUGAUGCAAGCAGUAGAAUCAGAUAAAAGAUUGAUCUAUGCCAGGGAUGGCAAACUCAUUCCUUGGAAUGAGUUUGAAACCUGUGAUCUAUGCUAACUGGUAAUGUUACAAAGCCUUGUGACUGUGGUUGUCUGCACAAACCAGAUAUACCUGUCUCAAUGUCUUUUGGUACUAAGCCAAAUUCUGAAGUUACAAAGGAUUUUAAAUAUUUACUUGCGUUCUUUUUGUUUUGUUUUUUUGUACAAUCAGACUUCAUAAAACCAUACAAAGCAGGGUCAUUAUAUACUUAAUUACUUGCCAUGUGUCACGUCCACUCCCGCUCCGGCGCUCGACCUUGCCGGUUUACUAACCACCGGUCCUGGCAACCCAUCAUGAUGCACACCUGGACUCCAUCACUACCCUGAUUACUUCCCCUUUAUCUAGACCUCCCUAGCAUCACUAUUCAGGUAGUAUUGGUUCAGUUUUCACGUCCAGGCGUUUCUCUUGUUUUGUAACGCUCCAUGUUCGUUAUUAUUAAACUCACCAUCUGCACCUGCUUCCCUGCGUUUGUUAUGUGAUGUUACACCAUGACACAGAAUCAUAAGUUACAAUGCAUUUGAUGACCAACAAAUGCACAAUAUGAGGAUUCAAUCAAUUCAAAAGAUGUUGUCUAUAGUCAAUCUUCGGGGCGAUGGCUAAUCACAACUCAAAAGUUAUUUAAAUUUGACCAAAUUAAAUUGUUUGGUGUUGAAAUACUGUUCAAAAUUGCAUAACACAUUUCAUAUUUUUUUUAACUGUCCUCCAACCAACUCACCUGUAUGAAGGGUGUAAAGCUGGUCGCGUUCCUGCCGGACUACAUUGCUGAGGUUACAUUGCUUCAACCAGUGUUGCAUGGCAUGUCUUAGACUGCACAGUCGGGCAUCAGAUUGCUAUAGCAUAUGAGGUGUUUAGCUGAUAUGUUAAACACCUAUUCAGGCGUUGUGAGAUCUGACAGGCGUCUGGAUUGUUGUCGAUCUGGAAUGUGACUAUUAUGAUUAGCUUUGUGAUGUGUCAUGGCUGGGGGGAAUGAAUUUAACUGCACAAACCAGCCCCUUUUCUUCCCUGAUCAACAGAACACAUUUAUGUGAAACUGACAUCUGUGCAAAAGAGAUCCACCUCCCAUUAACCUUAGGUGACACGAUCAGUGAAUGUUCAGUUCAUUACCUGCCUAUUUUAUAAACAGGUGGGGCCCAUAAUGACCUAGUUACAUAGGUGAGGCCCAUAAAAGACAGAACAUCUCUUGGCACAGAAUAGAUUCAUACUAUAGUCUGACAAUAAGAAAUACUUUCACUUCUAAAGCGAGCCAACACUGGAAUGAAUGUGGUCCAACAAGAAAGACAGCAGAAAAAACUUCUUACAACACAACACUGAAGUUCAAAUGGGACCCCUUUCCCUAAUCCAGACUUUCACGCCUCUAAACCGUAAUGUAAAAGUGAGUUAGAUGUCAUCCCUCCCCUGUCCCAGCUUAAUCUGUUCACUAUCACAUAGAGACGGAUGAGAUUCUUGCAGAAAGCAUUAAGGCUUUUCAGAUAUAUAUUUUUUUGUGUUGCCCAAACGGUUUGGACGCUAUAGAGAGAAGUUGGCAGAUCGGCUGUACCGACUCCAGACGGCUGUGGGGGUCGUAGAGCAAAACGGAGAACACCAUCGUAUUCGUGAGAGUCUCAUCAUUAUGAGGGCUUUAACAGGUUGAAAUUGCCAAAUGAGUAACAGGUUGACAAUUGUGUGGCUUAAUGCCAGCCAAAAUUAGAGCCCAACAUGUCAUAACAUUUUAACAUCAUGACAGAUAAUGAUAACAUUUUAUUAACAACAUAAUAACCAGUAACUUGUGACUUUUACACAUUUCAGAAAGCAACAGAAUCAACACAGUCAUUCUGAAAUGAUAAAACAGUUACAGAGAUAACCAUGAUAAUACUUACUUCUCCAAACCAAACCCAAGAGGACUCUGCUGCUCUGCACCAUUGGACAGUAUGAAGAGUCCUGUCCUGUCCUGUGUAGUCUAACACUGUGUAUUAGUAGAGGUCUGUCCUGUGUAGUCUAACACUGUGUAUUAGUAGAGGUCUGUCCUGUGUAGUCUAACACUGUGUAGUCUAACACUGUGUAGUAGUAGAGGUCUGUCCUGGUAGUCUAACCACUGUGUAGUCUAGAGGUCUGUCCUGUGUAGUCUACACUGUGUAUUAGGUAGAGGUCUGUCCUGUGUAGUUCUAACACUGUUGUAGUAGUAGAGGUCUGUCCUGUGUAGUCUAACACUGUGUAGUAGUGAGGUCUGUCCUGUGUAGUCUAACACUGUGUUUAAGUAGAGGUCUGUCCUGUGUAGUCUAACACUGUGUAGUCUAACACUGUGUAGUAGUAGAGGUCUGUCCUGUGGAGUCUAACAUGUUAGUCUAUAGGUCUGUCCCUGUUGGUAGUCUAACACUGUGGUAUUAGUAGAGGUCUGUCCUGUGUCCCUAACACUGUGUAGUAGUAGAGGUCUGUCCCUGUGUAGUCUAACAUGGUUUAGUAGUAGAGGUCUGUCCUGUUGUAGUCUACACUGUGUACAGUUCAAAAAGUAGAGGUCUUGGUCCUGUGUAGUCUACACUGUGUAUCUAACCUGUGGUAGUCUAACACUGUGUAGUCGAACACUGUGUAUUAGUAGAGGUCUGUCCUGUGUUAGUCCUAACCUGUUAUUAGUAGAGGUCUGUCCGUGUAGUUCUAACACUGUGUAAUAGUAAGUCAGGUCUUCCUGUGUAUUCUAACACUGUGUAGUCUAACACUUGUAUCUAACACGGUGUAAGUCCUAUAACACUGUGUAAUUUAGUUAGUCUGUCCUGUGAGUCUAACACUGUGUGUAUUAGAGGUCUGUCCUGUGUGAGUCUAACACUGUGUAGUAGUAAGCGGUCGUCCUGUGUAGUCUAACACUGUGUAAUUGUAGAGGUCUGUCCGUGUAGUCUAACACUGGUGUAUUAGUAUAGGUCUGUCUGUGUAGUCUAACACGUGAAUAGUAGAGGUCUGCCUGUGUGUCUAACACUGUGUUAGUCUAACACGUGUUUAGCUAGAGGUCUGUCCUGUUUAGUCUAACACUGUGUAUAGUAAGUCUGUCCCCUGUGUAUCCUAAACAAUACCACUGUGUAGUAGUAGAGGUCUGUCCUGUGUAGUCUAACACUGUGUAGUAGUAGAGUCUGUCAUGUGUUCAACACUGUGUAUUAGUAGAAGGCUGUCCGGUAGUCUAACGCUGUGUAUACGUAGGAGGUCUGUCCUGUGUUUGUCUAACCCUGUGUAGUAGUAGAGUUCUGUCCCUGUGUAGUCUAAACACUGUGUAUUAGAGAUGUCUGUCCUGUUCAUCUAACACUGUUGGGUAGUAGAGAGAGUUCUGUCUGUGUAUCAACCUUGGUGUAUUAGUAGAGGGUCUGUCCUGUGAGUCUCACACUGUGUAUUAGUAGAGGUCUGUCCCCCCCUGUGUAGUAAUCUAACACUGGUGUAGUAGUAGAGGAAGAGGUCUUUCAGUGAGUCGAACACUGUGUAUUAUUAGAGUUCUGUCCUGUUAGGAGCUAACACUGUGUAUUAUUAGAGGUCUGGUCCGUGUAGUCAUACUAACACUGUGUAGUAUUAGAGGUCUGUCCUUUUUAGUCAACAUGUGUCAUAGUAAGGUCUGUCCUGUGUAGUCUAACACUGUGUAUAGGUAGAGUUCUGUCCUUGUAGCCUAACACUGUGUAUUAGUAAGAGGUCUGUCCUGUUAGUCUAACACUGUGUAUAUGUAGAGGUCCUGUCCUGUGUAGGUCUAACACUGGGUUUAGUCGAGUCUGUCCUGUGUAGUCUAACACUGUGUAAUUAUAGAGGUUCUGUCCUGUGUAGUCUAACCCUGGUGUAGUCUAACAACUGUGUAGUCUAACACUGUGUAGUCUAACACUGUGUAUUAGUAGAGGUCUGUCUUGUGUAGUCUAACACUGUGUAAUAGUAGAGGUCUGUCCUGUGUAGUCUAACACUGUGUAUUAGUAGAGUUCUGUCCUGUGCUACUAGUAGUAGCUGGGCUGGGCACUAUGGCACACACACACACACACACACACACACGGUGGUAAGAACAUACACACAUCCAUACACCCCCACACACGGACGCAUAAAUGCUGGCACACACGUACCCACUACACACACACACACACACACACACACACACACACACACACACACACACACACACACACACACACACACACACGCAGUGGUAAGAACACACACGUCUAUGCACCUACACACACGCUAGCAUGCACACACAUACGGACACACACACACAGAUACAUAACAGAUCAGCAACAAAAUGAGACGUUCUGUCCCACAGACUGACAAGGCUUCUACAAGGGUCAAAGGUUUGUGUGUUUUCCAUGAACUAUAUGAAACGAUCAUUCUCCAUAUGGUACUUCUCUGCAUUACUGUCUGACUCAGUUAAUGUCUUCCAUCAUGUAUUUCAGCAGUUAAAGUGUUAUCAUUCUAGAUUCAGUUCAUGUCUUCCAUCAUGUAUUUCAGCAGUUAAAGUGUUAACAUUCUAGACUCAGUUCAUGUCUUCCAUCAUGUAUUUCAGCAGUUAAAGUGUUAACGUUCUAGAUUCAGUUCAUGUCUUCCAUCAUGUAUUUCAGCAGUUAAAGUGUUAACAUUCUAGAUUCAGUUCAUGUCUUCCAUCAUGUAUUUCAGCAGUUAAAGUGUUAACGUUCUAGACUCAGUUCAUGUCUUCCAUCAUGUAUUUCAGCAGUUAAAGUGUUAACAUUCUAGAUUCAGUUAAUGUCUUCCAUCAUGUAUUUCAGCAGUUAAAGUGUUAACAUUCUUUUUUUGUGUAUUUUACUCCUUGUUUCUCCCCAAUUUCGUGAUAUCCAAUUGCGAUCUUGUCUCAUCGCUGCAACUCCCCGACAGGCUUGGGAGAGAUGAAGGUCGAGUCAUGCGUCCUCCGAAACGUGACAGGCCAAACCACGCUUCUUAACACCCGCCCACUUAAUCCGGAAGCCAGCUGCACCAAUGUGUCGGAGGAAACACCGUUCAACUGACGACCGAAGUCAGCCUGCAGGCGUCCAGGCCGUCACAAGGAGUCGCUGCGCUACUCGGGAGGCAAAGUGUUAACAUUCUAUUGUUGCAGGAGUAGUAACACCUUUGAACCUUAGGUUUUAUUGAUGGUUUAAUGUCCCGGAAAACCUUGAUAACCCCCCUGAGUUAAUACUAGGUGGAAGUACCAUUGGCAGCCAUUACAGCUGUGAACUUUGACACAACUCUUAAGGCUACAUAUAUACAUUGUUUUUGUCAAAAUUGCUCAAACUCAUAAAAUUGCUUUGGGAAUAAUUUAUGGACAGCAAUAUUCAAACCUUGUCUCUGAUUUCCAACUAAAUUUAAGUCAGGAUUGAGACUAGACCACUCAGGAACACUCAACACCUCUUGGAGAGCAAUUCUGGUGUGUCUUUGGAGUUCAAAUAUGUAUAAUUGUCUUUCUCACUCUGUUAAAUGAUCUCUCUUAUUAUGUUAGGUCAAAGUUAAAACAUCAAGUGUGUUUUCUUAGUGAAGGAGGGCGCUGCCCAGCAGCCCGGCAUUGGAGUUGAUUGGUAAUGACAGUCUGCAGGAUUAUUAUGAGCCGUCCUCCCCUAAGCAGCCUCCACUGCUUAAUACUUACAACCCUCCCUCCCUCCAGCUCUAAUCUAAUGCGUCAUGUUGAGAGCUCCUAUGUUCUGAAGAAUCUGGGGGUGUUCAAGGGGGUACCUCCCGGUAGCAAUGUCUCCACCCGGCUGGGUAUUGUGAUGGAGUUAAUGAAGAUAUGCUCACUGUCAUGUACGUAA